AUGGAUGCUUUGCGGAUGGAAGUGGAAAACCUCAAUGCAAUGAUAAAUGAGUUGUCCAAAAGGGUGUCCAAAGAAAAGGACAGAGGUCUACAAACGCUACCCGAAGUUGACGAAUGGAUUACAUGGGCGGAAGAGGUUGAAACGAAGGCCAGUAAUCUCCUUGAUGGAAGUAUCUCAGAAUGUCAUAUUUUAUCCAAGUGUGAUGAUUUUUCCGAGAUCUCUUCUUCGACGCAUAGUUAUAACGAAAGUGUGCGCAUGACGCUUAAAGAAGUUGAAGCUCUGAGAUCUAAGGGAGUUUUUAAAGUAUUGGUCGAGAGAUCUCCCUUGUCUCUCGUGAAAAAGAUCCUCCCACCACUUCAAAAAAUUGUUUCUAGAGAAAUAUUGUUUGAAAAGGUAUGGAAAUGCCUUGCAGGAAACCAAUGUGGAACUUUGGGUCUUUAUGGCAUGGCUGGAGUCGGGAAAAGCAACCUUCUUACUCGGAUUAAAAAGAAGUUCGAAGAAGUUGGGGAUGUAUCUGGUCAUAUGAUCUUACUUGUUGUUGUUGCGUCUGACGAGGUCGUCGAGAGUAUACAAGAUGAAAUCUACAAAAGAUGUUACAUACUACUUGGAGGAGAAGCUAAAGACCACAAGGCAAAAGCGAUAUGGAAUUUGUUAAGGAGAAAGAGAUUUGUGUUGUUAUUGGAUGGCAUACAGAAGGAAGUGGAUCUCGAGGAGAUCGGAGUUCCACGGCCGAGCAGGGAGAAUGGAUGUAAGAUUGUAUUCACCACUCGUUCACGGGAAGCAUGUGGAAGCAAGUGGGUUGAUGCUGUAGAAGAAGUUACAUGUUUGGGGCCAGAAGAAGCAUGGGAAGUUUUUGAAGAGGUAGUUGGAGAAACCACGUUAAAAAGUCAUCCAGACAUACCCCAAAUGGCAAGAAUAGUCGCUAGGAAAUGUGGUGGUUUACCCCUGGCUCUCACUCUCGCCGGCAAAACCAUGUCGUGCAAAAGGACCGUACGGGAAUGGCAUCAUGCAAUUAAUGUUUUGGUUUCAUCCACCAAAAAAAAUUCAAGUAGCGAAGUUCCCAUUUUGAAGUUCGCCUACGAUAAUCUUCCUGGUGAAGAUAUCAGGUCGUGCUUCAUGUAUUGUACUCUGUUUCCGAAAAUUUGGGAUAUAAGCAAACAAGAACUGGUAGACUGUUGGAUAGGCGAGGGAAUGGUUAAAGAUGAAGAUAGAGAGAUAGCAGAGAUGAAAGGUUAUGAGAUGAUCGGUGAUUUGGUUAUAAUGGGUUUCUUGACGGAGAAUGAAUCUGGAGAUGGGGUAAAGAUGAUGCAUGAUAUGGUUCUUGAAAUGGCCUCGUGGAUAGCAUCACAAGCAUCUGAUUCUGGGAGGCACGCAGAAAACAUUGUCGUCAAAUGCGGUAAAAGGAUCAUCAGCUGCCAAAGGUCAAUGAUUGGAGAAUGGUGA